AUGCACAGGACAUUCACUCGUUUAUUAACAUUUCGUUCACGUCGUCGAUCAUUAUUGAUCUAUGUUUUGUUAUCAAUAUUAUGUACAGCAUUCAUAUUCUUAACAUUAAACCAUAAUAAACAAAUUGACAAAUUGACAAUCGACAAAUUGUUUACUACAAGUACUUUACUGUCUAAAAUAUAUCCUGUUACUCAUGAGAUACUACCAUUAAAUAAAUCAUCUACUACGAUUAAUGUGAAAAAUAGUGAUACUCUGUGGCCAUUGGAUUCGUUAGGCCGUUCGCUAAAAACUCAUUUUAUUGCUAUUGAUUGGACCGGAUUUUUUGGUUCUCAGGCGGCUGAAGGUGAAAGAGUUUUUUGUGAAUCGUCUAAUACAACGUUUUUAUGGACACGAAAUCAACAACAAAUAUCGACGUGUGAUUUUAUCAUUGCUCAUGAUGCUCAAAGUACACCAGUAUCUCAACUGGAAAUAUCUGAGAAGAAGCAACAAUAUUCGAUGGUCUUUGUUAUGGAAUCAGAAGUACAUUCAUCGACAGGCAAUGGAUGGGCAUCAUUUAAGUUCAAAAUGACUUAUAAUCUCGAUGAUAGUUAUCCAGAAGCAGCAACUUAUUUUGAUAUGAAUGUUCAUUUAGUCGAUCUCUUACAUCCAAUAAUAGUUGAUUUUGAUCAAAAAGAAAAAUCGGCGGAUGUUGUAUGGAUCAUAUCUAAUUGUGCUGCUCAUAAUGGUCGUGAAGGUUUUGUUCAACGUUUAAUGACAGAGAUGAAAGUUGAUUCGUAUGGUGCUUGUAUGAAAAACCGUGAAGGUUAUAGUGGUCGAAUGGCUGAGAAUGUUGAAGCGUAUAGAAGGUACAAAUUUGUUAUUGCAAUUGAAAAUAGUAAUUGUAACGAUUAUAUCACCGAAAAACUUGUAAAAUCCGUUGCCUCUGGUUCAAUACCAAUCGUAGCAGGUCGAGAUGGUAAACCUGAUUAUCGACGGUAUAUGCCAAAGCAUUCUUUUAUAAACGUAUUCGACUAUUCAUCCAUUAAAGCGUUAGCUGAUGAUUUGAAACGUAUAGGCAGUGAUAGACAAUUGUACGAAUCAUACUUGUGGUACAGAAAACACAAUAAGACAGUUGAUGAUAUAAGGAAAUUACCAUUAAAUGAAAAAAUUAAACAUUUUGAAGAAGUGGUGGGUAAAAAUCAGACAAUGUUAGCACAGAAUGGAAUUGUUGCCAAAGAGAAAAGUGAAAACAAAGUUUGCAAACUCAUACGAUUCGUGAGAGAAACACCAUGGAAAGAGAUUGCUGAACAUAAUAGUACAGGACGAGCAGGUGCUAAUACAGCGUGUCUCCCAUCAAGAAGUAUUUUAUCGCAUUUUGAUAUAAAAUAG